AUGAAGUUGAAGGAAUUAGAAGGAAUCUUACAAGAUUGCGCAGUAUUUUCUGAUCCAAAGAUUCAAUAUGAACAGUACCCAACAACUGCUCAUUUAGCUGCUCGCAUGCUGUACACUGCAGACACUGUUUACGAUGACAUUGAAGACAAGGUGAUUGGUGAUUUCGGCUGUGGUUGUGGUGUUUUGAGUAUUGCAGCUAAUAUUCUUGGAGCAGGUUACAGCAUUGGAUUCGACAUUGACCCUGAUGCGGUUGCAAUUGCUCAAGAGAAUUGUGAUCAGUUUGACAUCUCAAUGGACUUUGUAUUAACAGAUCUCACUCAAGCAAGACUUGAUCGGUUCAAAGGUCAAAUAGACACUAUUAUUAUGAACCCUCCUUUUGGAACCAAAACAAAAGGCGUUGACAUGGUCUUGUUAAAAAAAGCAAUCGAGAUUGCAGGUACAUCAGUCUAUUCGCUUCACAAAACAUCAACACGCGAUCACAUUAUGAAAAAGGCUAAAGAGUGGGGUGUUGGUUGUGAAUUUGAUGUACCAAUGAUGUACAAAUUUCACAAGAAAAAGUCUGUGGAUAUUGCAGUCGAUUUUUUACGUUUCAGCAAGUAA